AUGCGGGCGGUCCUUGCCCUGCUUGCUCUGAUCGGUAGCCUGCUCCUCUUCCUGUGCUUGGCGCGGCUCCCGGCCGGGGGCGCCGGGGGCGCAAGAGCAGUUACUUAUCUUUUCAGCAAUUCAUUGUGCUUUUGCAAAGAGUUUUUUCUCUUCUUUCAAAUGGAUUUUCCUUUUUAUAUAAACAGAGCAAUUCUUAAUACAGCCAGAGUGCAGAAAACUGAGCAAGCCUCCAAAUGCAAGGAUAUAUGGAGUAAUAAUUGGUCAUCAUCGAUCAAGAAAAAAAGAUAUUCUGAAGAUUAUUAUUUACAAAUAGUUGGUAAACUACAGAACUGUACCUGGAAUAGAAGGCCACAAGAAUAUGCCAAAUUCAGGGCAGAGCUUGCUUCAUGCUGCGAUGCUAUGCAUAAUUUUAUUGCUUCUCAAAAUAAUACCCCACUGGGAAGCAACAUGACUUAUGAAGUGGACAAUAAAAAAACCAUCCACAUUACAGAGGACAUAUUCCAGAUGUUGCCAGAGGUAAGAAUAGCUAUGAUGUUUAUAAUAUAUCAUAAACAAAGCAGUAUAGGACCAAUAAGAGGUGGAAAAAUAUAUAUUUUGAGUUUAUGUCCUACCUGAGUGGAAUCUAAACACCUUUUGUAAAAUUACAGGUGUAAUCUUCCCCCAACCAGCGGAAAUGUCAGUCAAGAUGUUGGCAAUAAGACAAACCUUGUAACUGUUAACCCAAGCAUUAUAGCUCAGAAAUAUAACAAACUGAAUGAUCAGAAGGCCACCUUCCUGGAAAACAUUGCAAGUUAUGGAGAAGCUUUCCUCUUGCUACCCGCUUUUUCCUUUAGAAGCAACACAGCAGCAUCUUUCAAAGUACAUCACACCCUGAGAGAGUUCAGCGCAAAACAGAAGGCCAUAUUUUUCUAUCCAAGGUAUCUCAAAAGUCUUGCCCAGUUCUGGAGAACUAAGGGUGUCAAAGCCUACCGACUGUCUUCUGGCUUCAUGAUCACCAGUGUAGCAGUGGAACUCUGUGAGAAUGUGAAGCUGUAUGGUUUUUGGCCUUUCUCCAAAAGCAUAGCAGGUAUCCCCAUAAGUCAUCACUACUAUGACAACCAACUUCCAAAGCCAGGUUUCCAUGCCAUGCCUAAAGAGUAUAACCAGAUUCUCCAGCUCCAUGGAAGAGGUAUCCUCAAGUUGCAAUUUGGCAAAUGUUUGACAGAGUAG